CAUAGGAGUACAGUAUGGGCAUUAAUCAGCUCGUCAUUCUCACUCACUGGUUAUAAACCGUACCUGGCGCCACAUUCUCUAUUCUAUCAAUCCCAUACCGCAAUAACAACUACUACAUACACAUUGCUGUAUUCUCCUACCUCAUCAUGAAGUUCUCCCAAUCCAUCAUCGCCCUCGCGGCUGCAGGCAUCGUUUCCUCAUCCCCUCUCGCGAAGAGAGCCGGCCCAACAGAUGCCGACAUCCUCCAGUACGCCCUCACUCUCGAGCACCUCGAGGAUAACUUUUACCGCCAAGGUCUCGCAAAAUUCACCGAAGCCCAGUUUGCCGCCGCCGGGUUCGAUGCGACCUUCUACGCCAACAUCCAGAAAGUAUCAAGUGACGAGACAGAACAUGUCAAGUUCCUUACCUCAGGGUUGACCGCCGCCGGAGCCAAGCCCGUCGACGCAUGCACCUACAACUUCCCCCUCACCGACGUAAAGACCUUCAUCGCCACCGCCUCAGUCCUUGAAGGCGUCGGAGUUUCCGCCUACCUCGGCGCCGCAGCCGACAUCAUGAGCAAGGCCUACCUCACGGCCGCUGGUUCGAUCCUCACCGUCGAAGCGAGGCACUCCUCCUACAUCCGUGCUGGGCUCAAGCAGACCCCCUUCGCAGCACCCUUCGAUACGCCCCUCACCCUUGAUGAGGUGUACACCCUGGCCGCAGGCUUCAUCACCAGCUGCCCCACGACGAACGCCAAGUUGCCCGUCAAAGCCUUCCCAGCUCUCCAGCUUGAUCCCGCUGCCGGUACUGUGAAGGCAGGCAGCAAAGUCAAGCUGCUGACGCCGGGCUACACCCUCAAGGCUGCCCAGGGCGUUGCGACCGUGUAUGCGGCGUUCAUCUCGGUCACAGGCCCAACAUUUGUCGAAGCGACCCCGGUCGCAGGUGGUUUCGAGGUCACGAUUCCGAUGGGAUUUAGUGGACAGUCUUACGCGGUGUUGACCAGUUGCAAGGACACCGUUUCGGAUGAUACGACGGCUGCGGGGCCGGCGAUUAUUGAGAUCAGUAACUGAUUCUCUUCCUUUUGGUGCGAUGCUCUGUUGAUCGGUUCUACCGUGUGACAGGAGUGUAAUUUGGUGGCUGGAGUAGAGGGUUGAGUUUCUAGCUGCUCUGUCUUCACAAUUUAAUGGCUGUAUACCUAGCGAU